AUGGGGCGCCACCUUGAAAUUCUGGAUCUACCGAACACGUCCAAAGUUUACUACGCCCCUGCCAUUAUCACAGCCCCAAACACCCGUCUCGUCCAUGUAUCUGGCCAAGCCGGGGUCACAAAGUCCGGUCAUGUCCCAAACGACUACGUAUCCCAGAUCCAUCUCGCCCUUGUGAAUCUACGCCGUGUGAUAAUUGCAUCCGGGGCCCGAGUCACAGAUAUUGCCAAACUCACGAUAUAUACCGUCAAUUACGACCCCAGAGCGUGCAAACAUACACGUCCAGUCCAACGUUUUCUGGGAGGCCAUAGGCCCGCAGUGACCCUUGUCCCAGUUUCUCAACUGGCAGUCCCUACAUGGCUCUUCGAAGUCGAGGCUUUAAUUGCCUGCCCUCCGAAACAAUCCAUCCCACCGACUCUGACAAGCAGACCUUUGGUUAAGAUUUAUGACGUUGUCAUUAUCGGUGCUGGUUUAGCUGGUUUGACAGCUGCCCACGAACUCUCUCGUACUGGACUGUCCUGUGUUGUUCUCGAAGCCCGUGAUCGCGUGGGGGGCAAAACCUGGAGUCAGCCUACGACUAGCGGCCGUGGUAUUCUCGAGCUUGGUGCUGGUUGGAUCAACGAUGUCAAUCAGACACGCAUGAUCGGGCUUGCGCGACAAUUAGGAUUAGAGCUUAUUGAGCAGAACACAACAGGAAACUGCGCACUACAAGAUUUGGACGGUACUAUCUCAGCAUUUGCAUAUGGCGAAAUCCCAAAGUUUGACCCCGCCUCCAUUGAUGAUGUUAUUCGAAUCCGCGAUAUGACCGAGACAGACUGCCAAGCUGUAGAUAUAUUUGACCCUCACGACACGCGCCUCGAUAGUAUGACAUUCGAGGCUUAUCUCCGGUCCAACAAUGCAUCCGAGAAAGCUUUCCUGACUGCAACGGUUUGGACGCGGGCGAUGCUCGGCAUCGACCCCUGCGACAUCUCCGCCCUUUUCUUCCUCAACUACUGCAAGUCCGGGGGAGGAUUGUUGCAGAUGCGAUCGGACCGCAAAGGAGGAGGUCAGCAUCUGCGAAUUCGACAAGGAACGCAAUCUUUCUCCAAGAAGCUGGCCGAGGCCCUUGUACCGAACACUAUCCAACUCAAUACUGCGGUGAAGCAAGUUCGCCAGGAGGGUGAUAAGGUGGACAUUUUUACUGCAAAUGGCACUAUAUAUCGAGGGCAUAAGGUCGUGACUACUGUUCCAAGCCCCGUGCUAAAGACAAUUUCCUUUGAGCCCGCCCUUCACCCGCGAAAGCUUGCCUGGUCCGAAUCUGCCAGCUACGGGUAUUACACCAAGGCUAUGAUGGUAUUCAAAACUCCCUUCUGGAUAGCCAAGGGCUUCUGUGGUCUAGCACAAUCAUUUAUUGGCCCUGCGGCCGUCGUUCGCGAUUCCUGCAGUCUAGUUGACGAAGAAUAUGUCCUUACAUGCUUCAUGUGUGGGCCCCAGGCUGAAGAAUGGGCUGCUCAGCCACAUAUAGAGCGGCAGAGUAAACUUUUGGCGCAAUUAGGUGCACUUUUCGGGGCCGAGGACACAAUCGAGCAGGACUUUGUGGAAAUGGUGUUAUAUGAGUGGAGCAAGGAUGAGCCAGCUGGGUAUGGUUGCCCAUGUGCUCACCUGGCUCCUGGCGUUUUGGACUCGCUCGGACCCAACGCGCUGCGUGAGCCGACCGGCAACUUACAUUUUGCUGGGACUGAGACAGCGGGCGAAUGGAAGGGCUACAUGGAAGGCGCUGUUCGUAGUGGUGAACGGGCUGCCAAGGAGGUUAUUGGUGGGUUGAAACUGGGCUUAUCUGGACGACUGUAA